AUGGCUACCAAGAUCCGACUUAUCCCCAACCUGAACUACAAGAGGUCGGGCACAAAGUCCUACGUGCACCUCUUGCGCAAGUACCGCUUCAAUACAACCAAAGAAGGCCCUUACUUCUUCGCUCCUACCCUUCACCAGGCACAUGUGCGGCGGGCGCUGAAGAAGCGCACGGUGGGCACUGACCAGGUCGGUGAAGUUAGUGCCGAGGACGUGCAGAACGAUUCAGAGUACCUGGCUCAAGUGAGCAUUGGUACCCCGGGGCAGACUGUGAGUCUGGACUUUGACACUGGCUCAGCGGACUUGUGGGUCUGGUCCACUAAGCUCCCCUCUGCCACCAUUUCCGAGUAUGGCAAGAGCCACAAUGUCUUCGACCCGUCCAAGUCGAGCACUUUCAAGGAGAAAGAUGGUUACACGUGGCAGAUCUCGUACGGCGACGGCUCCUCUGCGUCGGGUACGGUCGGCACCGACAACGUGGAUAUCGGCGGCAUCACCAUCAAGAACCAAGCCGUCGAGCUGGCCGAGAAGAUGUCGACCGAGUUCGCCCAGGGUGCCGGUGACGGGCUGCUGGGGUUGGCGUUUGGCAGCAUCAACACCGUCCAGCCCGAGGCCGUCAAGACGCCCGUCGAGAGCAUGAUCGCGCAGGAUGACAUUCCGGACUCGUCUGCUCUGUUCACGGCCAAGCUGGGCUCGUGGCGGGAUGCCAACGAGCCCGACAAGGGCGAGUCCUUCUAUACCUUUGGGUUCAUCGACGAAGCCACCGUGCAGUCGUCCGGGCAGGAGAUUUCCUACACCUCUAUCGACAACAGCGAGGGGUUCUGGAUGUUUGAAUCUACUUCCGCCACGGUCAAUGGGAAGACAAUCACUCGCUCCGGAAACAAGGCGAUCGCCGACACUGGCACGACGCUGGCGCUGGUAGACGAUGAAACCUGCCAGGCUAUUUACGAUGCUAUCCCGGGCGCGUACUAUGACAACGAGACCCAAGGUUAUAUCUAUCCCUCCGAUACCACAGAGGACAACCUUCCCGUUGUUUCAUUUGCUGUCGGCGACAAGCAGUUCGUCGUGCAGAAGGAGGAUCUCGGUUUCGCCGAAGCCAAGACUGGAUAUGUCUAUGGUGGAAUCCAGAGCCGUGGUGAUAUGACCUUUGACAUCCUGGGAGACACCUUCUUGAAGGGUAUCUAUGCCGUUUUCGAUGUCGGCAACCUUCGCUUCGGAGCUGUCCAACGCAAGGAGCUGCAGCAGAACCUUACCGUGCCCUCUGAGUAA